GUGGUGCUGCUAGUGUCUCGAGACUGAUUUCUCCCGGAAGUGGGUGGUUAAAAAGUCGCCACACUCGGUCAGUGCUGGCUAGUGAGCGAUGCUGCGAUGAAGGAGAGUUUCGACAUUCUUGGUGCUGACAAAUAUCCAACGGCACAUUUCUGAAUUAAUUUUUAAUUUUUAAGAAAUUUGUUGCGGUAUAUCCGCAGAAACCUCUCACAAACGCUAACAGAAAAAGCCCAGACACCCCGCCGCCAAGAUGAUGGAAGAAAUUGACAGAUUUCAAGUGCCGACUGAGGCAGAGAUGCAGCCUUUUGAUCCAGCAUCAUCAACUACAUCAGAGGCUGACUCAGAUACCAGGGAGAGUGAGCCUGCCACCCUAAACUAUAAACCUUCUCCCAUCCACAUGAAGAUAAACAAACAAAGAGAGCUUGCUAGAAAAGGAUCACUGAAAAAUGGCAAUGUUGGAAGCCCUGUCAAUCAACAACCCAAGAAAAAUAAUGUGAUGGCCAGAACAAGGCUAGUGGUUCCCAAUAAAGGCUACUCUUCUUUAGACCAGAGUCCAGAUGAGAAGCCUUUAGUUGCUCUGGACACAGACAGCGAUGAUGACUUUGACAUGUCUAGAUAUUCCUCAUCAGGAUACUCGUCAGCCGAGGUGAGGUCUCUAAGGGAACAGCAGAUAAACCAGGACCUGAACAUUCAACUACUUAAAGAUGGUUAUAGGCUGGAUGAGAUCCCUGAUGAUGAAGACCUGGACCUCAUACCGCCCAAAUCUGUCAACUCAACCUGCAUGUGCUGCCAAGCCACCUCCUCCACUGCUUGUCAAAUCCAGUAAACCCCCAUUUCUCUCCUCCCUUUGCUUCCUCUCUAUCUCUCCCUAUCUCUUUUCAUUAAUAGUCUCAGUCAAGACAUCUAAUCAAUAUUAAGAAGAGAAAUGUACAGUAAAUGUUAUGCUGAACAUUGUGUACAAGAAAUUGUGAACACACACAACACAUGUACACACAUUUACUCUAACAUAUGAUUAUUGACAUGACUACUAUUGGUUGCUUCCUCCUAUGGCAGGAUAUGCAAUGUUUGCUAAUAAGCUGGGAGAGUCUGCUCACUUGCAUCUCCUAUCCAGCAUUGUGUUAUAAGUGAACGUAGAACAAAUAAAGCAUUAAAAUGGCUUUAAUUGUUGUGAAUAAAACAACAACAAAAAAAAAAACAACAACAAAAAAAAAAAAAAAAAACUUGAUGUUACAGAGAGUUUGAAUUAGCUUAUCCAUGGAAUUCUCUGCUUUCAUGUUGCACUCACAAACAACUUUGUUGUUACGGUACAUUUAAUUUUCAUAUGGAACUGGUUGGUUGUUAAUUGUUAGUGGCUGCUACUGAGGCUAUACUUGAGUUUGUGUCCGUGUUGCAUGUUGGUGCGUUUGUACUGCAGCGCUAACAGCAGCCUUCUCUGGCAUGCACCUGAGCCAACAUGCAACAGCAUGCACCUGAGCGUCACACUUUGUUUUGUUUACUCCUUUUAAAAGCUUGAUAUCUCACACAUUUAUUUGUAUUUAUUUAAAUCACAUUUGAAUCCGCACUGGAUUACAGAUGAAUGAAAAGAAUGGAAACAUUUCUUUAGAGUGACCCUUUUUAGAGAGUUUGACUAGUUUUACCUGAUUGGACAUGUCAAGGCCUCACAGUAAUGUGUCACCACAGACCUAAGAUGAUAAAAUUCUCAUAUGAAGACUGAGUGACUGUCUCUCAGCACAGGCUUUCAAAGGUUAGAUAUUUAAAGCUCCUGUAAGAUUAUUUAUUAAGUAUUGUUUUAUUCAGGAUGAUCUGAUCAGCUGAUCCUGCCAAAGAAUGUUAAUGUUCCUUUUCGUGGAAUCAUAAUGUGCUUUCUGUCCUGUAUCAUUUAGCAUUUCAUAUGCAUACUACCAAUCAGAAUAUAUGAUCAAAGCAUCUCAUGAAAAUCAGUUGAAUACUUUCUCAGGCACUGUGGGCUGUUAAUAUACAUACUGUUUGAUGCUGGUCUUUGGAGCAACAUAAAGAAUGUUAACUAUGCUAAAAUGAUCAACUUUCCCAGCCUGUGUCACAUACUUUAUUAUUAUUAAAUAUGUUUCACACUGUCAGUGAUGACACUGCAUUAUUUGGGUGUUCUUUUGCACUGCUCUUCAACACAUUCUAUCCUUUUUCAGGUUAUACCCUGCUAUUGAGCUUUGAAAGCCAAACACAUGGAUUUCCGUAAGAACAUUUUAUGUAUUAUCUGUAAACUUUUUCUGGAUCAAGCUGUUUUGCAAAAUCCAAAUUUAAAUUGUUCUUAUUCACUUUUUGGUCUAUUUGAACUAUGACUAAAAUAGUGUAAUGGCCUGAAUUGAAAUGUAUUCAAUUCAAAGCGUAAUCAAAAGUGGGAACUUGUUGGACAAAAGCUGUGUUUUUAUGUUAUAAAUGUUACAAAUUAUGUGGGAAAGUCCAUUUAUGUAUUUACAAUGUUGUUAUUGGUUUUAGUGAUAUCAAUAAAAGCCGACCUAAAUUACACCUUACUUAUUUCAAGACAGAAAAAAAUCCCAUGCAGCAUGGUUAUGAGCUUUUCCCCUUUUUUUUUCUAAAGAUAAUUGUACUAAUAUGUUUAUUUAAAUAGAAGUUAUACAAGCACAUUUAUUUAACACUUACUGUCUUCUUUCAUUUGUUUUAAUUAGUCACCCUGUAUUGACAUAAUGUACAGGCAAUGAAAUUCUAAAUAUAUGAAUGUUGCACUAAAAUUAUACUUAUGUAAAGUACAGAAUAUGGCUCAAAGUUUUCAAGAUACAUAUAUACAAAGAAUAGAUUUGAUUCAUCACAACAUUGCCAUUCAAACUGUGCAACUGAAUAGACUUUUGUAAAUUAAAUUAUUCCUCAGUAUUUUGCUAAUUACAGUUUACAAUUGAAGUUGAUGGAACUUCAAAUCACAAGGCACAGGUUGAGUCUAGCAUUUUUACAAUGACAGUGUUUUUGAAAUGACCUGAAUUUAAGCUCACUUUGAAACUGCAGUGUGAGAACCAACAUGUUAAAGCAUGGAACAUUCAGAAGAAAAUCAUUACAGAUACUUUGUGAAAAUAAAAAAACAACUACUUGUUGAUCAGUUCCCAUUACAUAAAAUAUAAAAAAGAGUCAAUAAGAUAAAUUGAAGUUAAAGGCCCAGCAGAUUUAUAUGUCUUUUUGUGACUGUAAAAGCACAAAGGCUGAUCAUCAUGGCAAAUCCAACUGAAUCUAGAUUCAAAUGACAGUAAUACUUCAAGUAAACAGUUGAAGUCAAGUGGAACUAGAUAAUAUGUAUUCUGAGAGCAAUAUUACAUGGUAUUAAAACUAAUAGACCAACAUUAUGUUAAUCACCUAGUUCACUGAUUUAAUGUAAAUACUAUUGGCACACUAAUCAAACAAAAGUUAGUGGGCAAAAUAUACAAUGUUCCGUCUCCAGUUGUGCAAUAUUAAAUCUCACUUACACAUCUGUCUGCAGAGAUCAAAGGCAACACAGCCCAUACUGCGUGUUUUCUCAUAACAUACCUGUAGAUGGCGGUGGUCAAAUGUAAUUGAAGCUCUAUUAGUAUCACUGCAUCACCCAUUAUGAAUGUGAUUAAAAAAUACAAAUGAAAAAACUUUUAAAAUAAUAAUGGUGUUCUGAAUAAACUGUAUAUUCAAUGCUCUUAUACACUGAAGAAUGAGUUAUAACUGAUAUAAGAAUAACUGAUAUUUAAAGGGACAAUUCACCCAAAAAUGAAAAUUCUCAUAAUUAACUCACCCUAAUGCCAUCCCAGAUGUGUAUGACUUUUUCUUCUGCUGAACAAAAACGAAGAUUUUUUAAAGAAUAACUCAGCUCUGUGGGUCCUCACAAUGCAAGUGAAAAGGUACCAAAAUUUUGAAGCUCCAAAAGCAUAUAAAGGCAGGAUAAAAGUAAACCAAAUGACUCCAGUGGUUAAAUCCACAUCUUCAGAAGCGAUAUGAUAAGUGUGGGUGAAAAGCAUAUCAAUAUUUGGCAGCAUCAGAUUGAACGUUCAGGGAUCCAAUAGUAUUCUGAGUAUCAGAUGAGGGGCGUACUAUGUACUAGAAACUGCAUGCGCCCAUAGAGCAACAUGCAGACCUGCACUGUUUCAGUGCACUUACUUGACAUUCUUGUAUUUGAAAGAAUAAAACAAUAAAAGAGUCUUGAAGAGUGUAUGCAUUGAUCAGAUUAUCACAUGGUUUUGAAUGUCUACAACAAUCAAGUGAAACAAUAAAGUCCUUUUUUACUUUAAAUAUCCACUUUCACAUUCUUCUUUUGUUUUUGCCGAUUCGCAUUCUUUGUGCAAAUCGCCACCAGCUGGACAGGGAGGAUAAUGUUUUAUAUAUAUAUAUAUAU